UUUAUGCUUUAUGUAACCCCAUAAAAAGAAAUCUAACGGAGUUGAAUCCGACGAUUUAUGUAGGUGGUCACAAAACAGAAUCACGUAAUUAUGGGGUUACAUAAAACAUAAACCGAUGGCUUUUAUUCCACAACAAAGGAAGACAUGGAAACAAGGAUACGUAGAGUUACCAGUAUUGCAAGUACCAGCAGUUAUUUCAAUGAAUUGAUAUCACUCGACACCACCGAACAAAAAACAGAAGAACAGAAACCGAAGGAACCGAAAGAAAACGGAGAACGGCGGAAACGAACUGAAGCCGCGGACGUUCUCCACGUGACUGAUGAAGCUAGCUGCACCUCGGCGAAAAGCAAGCCAAACAGAACGCCAACCAACGCGCAAGUCUCAUCCUUUCCAAUGAAAUACAGUAGGUCGCAAAAGUAUUCCUACCCCUUCAAUUAUGUUAUUCCUAUUAACAUUUUCAGACUUUUAUUAAAUUUUAAAGUUCAACUUGACUUUCAGGCAUGCAAAAUUAUUGAUUUCUUUUAUAUACAUAUACACUGAUAAUACUU